GGCGCGGGCGGCGCGCGGGAGCUCGCGGGGAGGGAGCGCGUCGCCGCGGAGCGGCCGCCGGCAGCCAUGAACCAGUUCAGCUUCGGGUCGGGCGCGGCGGGAGGCGGCUUCACCUUCGGCACACCGAAGACGGCCGCCGCCGCCACCACGGCCGCGACCGGCUUCUCCUUCUCCACCUCCUCUGCCGCCUCGGGGGGCUUCAGCUUCGGGACGGCGGCGCAGGCGCCCGCCAGCAGCCAGCCGGCGGGGCUCUUCUCCCUCAGCACGCCGGCCACCACCGCGCAGCCCGCCGCCUUCAGCUUCGGCGCGCAGCCUGCCGCCACGGCGGCUCCGGCCGGCGCCGUGUUCUCGCUGGGGGGAAAUGCACCCAAAUUAAAUUUGGGAGGCAGUAGCACAACUCAAGCUACAGGUAUCACAGGAGGCUUUGGAUUUGGUGGCUCUGUACCAGCUAGUGUGCCCUCAAGUCAAAUAGCAGCCCCAUCUGGCUUUGUAUUUGGCUCUGCUGGUACCACUACCACCACCACCACCACUACUACCACUCAGUCUGGGACAACUGGAGGGUUUAAUUUUUCCAGUGGUAGUACAACUCAGACAGGAACACCCAGCUUCAAUAUCAGCACUGUAAGCAAUGCAACCCCGCAAGCAGCACCCGCGGGGUUGACCUUUGGAACAGCACCUGCUGCUUCCACCACUACUGCCACCCUAGGAGCAACAACACAGCCAGCAACUGCCUUCAGCCUUGGGGGACAGUCCUCAGGUCUAAACUUUGGAUCAUUGACUUCAACAGCAGCCACUAGUGCACCCACAGGAACGCUGACCAAUAGUGCAAGCCAGGCACCCACUCUGUCCUUUGGAGCCAAACUGGGAGUAACAUCCACAGCUUCUACGACUGCUGCUACCACCACAACUUCCCUUCUUGGUUCAACUGGGCCUACACUGUUUGCAUCUAUAGCAAGUUCCUCAGCACCAACGACAUCCACCACCACAGGCCUCUCACUGGGUGCCACUUCCACUGGUACAGCCGCUCUUGGAACUCUUGGAUUUGGAUUAAAAGUUCCUGGGACAACAGCUGCAGCAACAAGCACUGUGACUAGCUCUUCCUCUGCUCCUGGCGUAAGCUUUGCUUUGAAUCUUAAGCCAUUAACUACCACUGGUACCAUUGGAGCUGUGACUUCUACAGCUACAAUAACCACAGCAACAACCAGCGCACCUCCAGUGAUGACUUAUGCCCAGCUUGAGAGCUUGAUAAACAAGUGGAGUCUAGAACUCGAAGAUCAAGAGAAACACUUCCUUCAUCAAGCUACGCAAGUUAAUGCCUGGGAUCGGACAUUGAUAGAGAAUGGAGAAAAGAUUACUUCAUUGCACAGAGAAGUAGAAAAAGUGAAGCUUGAUCAAAAAAGAUUGGAUCAGGAACUAGAUUUUAUUCUGUCACAGCAGAAAGAGCUGGAAGACUUGUUGACUCCUCUGGAGGAGUCUGUGAAGGAACAGAGUGGAACUAUCUACUUGCAGCAUGCAGAUGAAGAAAGGGAAAGAACAUAUAAACUGGCUGAAAACAUAGAUGCUCAGUUAAAGCGUAUGGCACAAGAUCUCAAGGACAUCAUUGAGCACUUGAAUACAUCAGGAGGCCCAGCAGACACUAGUGACCCACUUCAGCAGAUCUGUAAAAUUUUGAAUGCACAUAUGGAUUCAUUGCAGUGGAUUGACCAGAACUCAGCCCUGUUGCAGAGAAAGGUAGAAGAGGUGACAAAGGUUUGUGAGAGCCGCCGCAAGGAGCAAGAGCGCAGUUUUAGAAUCGCAUUUGACUAAAAGACUCAGUGGUGUUAAUAUUCUAACCUGAAGUCCCAUCUACAUAGAAAACAGUUUGCAGACCUGGAUUUAAAAUUAUGAUCUGGAUUUGUGUUUUUGUUUUUUAUUUCAAUAAAGUUUGCUUUUUUUUUUUUUUUUUGGCUAGUCUUUGCAGUGUCAUACUGGAAUUUAGUGAGUCCAGUCUGAGCGACUGCAUAAAAUUUGUGCUGAAAGUAUGUGCUUUUGUCCUUUAAUCUUUAUAAAUGCAUGCCUGUAAGGGAUUUAAGGUUCUGAUUGAAAAUAUUUAAGCUUAUAUUCAGGUUCUUAUGAGAAGGUUUGAACAGGUGUCCUGCCAAGGGGUGUAGAAGUCUGACAACUGCAGAUGCUCAGUAUCUGCAUGCUGGCAUAAAUGUGUUUAAACUGCGUAUGCUUCCAGUUCUGGAAGUGGGGCUUUUUCCUGCUUUUUUGUCAAUAAACCUUUUCUGUGCUUGUACCUUCCAGUGUUUCCAAAGCACCUGCACGUAAGCAGAAUUUGUGAGUUGAAAAAUAUUAGAUGUGCAAGUAGAAAAAUGGUACAUAUGUUGUGGUGGGUUGUGGAGCUUGUUUUUUCCACAAGGUAUGAGAAAGAAUGCAGUGAACAGUCUCUGAAGACUUUAAAGGAUACAGUAAUGUCAUUUUUUAAUUAAAAUGUUAUUUUAAUGCA